GCGGCUAAGACACAUGUUGAAGUCCCCUUUAGAAACCUCAACAUACUCAGUAAUCCUCCAGUUGUCUGUUUGUGCUUCUGUGAGAUAACAAACUGCUACCAUAAUCAUCAUCGUCACCAUAAUCAUUGUUAUGGUUCCUUCUGGAGUUAUGAAAGUGUGAUUUAUGAUCAAAGGUGGAGUUGAGGAGAACUUUGUGAAUAUAAUGGUGCUCAAGAAAAUUGACAACAUGAGUUUAAUGGAUGUUUCCAAGAUCAUCUCCAUGCUCCAGCCGAGUGAGGAAGAGGAGGAAAGGGAUAGCAGUGAGUGUCGGGAGCUGAACAGAGUAGUGUCUAAGGAUGAUGAUGCACUUCUGUCCAUGCUGCUCAGCCAAGAGUGCUACAAGAAAUUCAUCAACAGCCGGUGUGGCUGGGGAGUCCCCGUGACCCCUCUCAGGUUGGCUGCCUCCCUGGGACACCUGAGAUGCCUGGAAAUGCUCCUGUCCUACGGUGCUGAGGUGGACAGCUUAGAUGUGAAGGCUCAGACGCCACUCUUCUCAGCUGUCAGCGGGAAACAUGUGGACUGCGUGGCCGCCCUCCUGAAAGCUGGAGCUAACCCCAAUGGCAGCUUACACAACAAUUGCUCCCCAGUCCUCAUAGCCGCCCGUGAUGGAGACGUGGACAUCUUGCACGAGCUCCUGCAACACGGAGCAGAGGUCAACGUCAGACCCAAAGUCCCUGACUGGGUGUCCAGUGGUUCAGCCUGCCGGGGCCCUCUCUACCUCGCGGCCGUUUAUGGGCACCUCAACUGCUUCAAGCUGCUUCUCCUCUAUGGUGCAGAUCCCAAUUAUAACUGCACAGAUAAGAAGAUUUUGGCGAGGAUCAAACAGCCCAAUAGUGUUCUUGAGACGUGCCUCAGAUACGGCUGUGGAGCAGAAUACGUCCAGCUCUUGAUCGAUUUUGGUGCAAACAUCUACCUACCCACUGUUGUCACAGACAAAACAACGAAACAGAACAAAGCCAUAGCGCUGCUGCUCAAGGAAAGAGUUUAACGACCACGAUCUCGGAUUGUCCUUCAAACCCUGUUCGCGCAUCGAUCGACCCGGCUUGAAUCAUGACUACAGCUUUGGAUUACCCCUGGAAAUAAAGAACAGUGCUCUGCAUCUUGUGUCCGCCAUCUUGCUUCAGGCGAAAGCCAUGGCAAUAUCAGUCUGUGAUGAUCAGCAUGUUUUCCCAUGGUCUUUACUGUAGUCAAAAUAAUACUAGCCCAAGAUGGACAGUCAUAAGACUUAACAGUUGUGGUUUUGCUGAGGUGUGUGUGUGUGUUUGAACUCUUGAAUGUGCAUACUCUUUGCUGUUUAUUAUAGUCUAACCCAUUCUUUUUCUAUGACCACCUGUAUCUGACCGCACCACCACAGAUGUACAAAAUGUGAAUAAGUCACGUAUAACUGAGUGACUGAAUUGAUGUUGUGUUCAGAUGCCUGAUGUGGAAGAUGUCAUGGAGUCUUAAGGCAUUCAAAUGGAAGAAACCAUAUUAACGAAAGAGAAAAGUUGUGAAUUGGUCAAAUAUGUAGCAGGGAUAAAAUGACAAAAUCAGUAACACUGAUGUCUGUUUUCUGUUUUAUUUCCAGUUUGUCCGAAAACUCUGAUGUGUCAGACAAGACUAGCUAUUCGAAGCUACCUCCCAGUAGCUAACAAAAUGCAUU